AUGUCUUGGAAAAGCAGAGGAGAGCCAUCUUCUAGAAGUGUUAUUUCAAAAAAAUGGACCCUUUUGCUUUGUUUAGGCUGCUUCUGUGCUGGAAUGCUCUUCACCAAUAGGAUGUGGACUGUUCCUGAAAAUAAAGGUAUCACACGGAGAACAGCUAUGGAGGAAGAACAAUUAAAAUUAGUUUCAGAGGGUUGCAACCCAAAAGCUUUACAUCAGAAGGAGGUAAAGCGCGAAAAUAAGGACAUUUUUGGGGAGGUUUCUAAGACUCAUAAUGCUAUACAGACAUUAGAUAAGACUAUAUCAAAUUUAGAGAUGGAAUUAGCCGCAGCAAGGGCAACACAGGAAUCUAUACGUAGCGGCUCUCCUUUAUCAGGAGACUCGAAGACCACUGAUUCAUCCAGGAAGAGAAGGUAUUUAAUGGUUGUUGGAAUUAAUACUGCUUUUAGCAGCCGUAAAAGAAGAGAUUCGGUUCGUGCUACAUGGAUGCCACAAGGCGAGAAAAGAAAAAGGCUAGAGGAAGAGAAGGGUAUCAUCAUUCGUUUCGUCAUUGGUCAUGGUGCCACGUCUGGAGGUAUUCUAGACAGAGCUGUAGAAGCAGAGGACAGAAAGCAUGGAGAUCUCCUGAGGCUGGACCAUGUUGAAGGGUACCUUGAAUUGUCUGCCAAGACAAAGAUAUAUUUUGCUACUGCUGUUGCUAUGUGGGAUGCAGAUUUUUAUGUCAAAGUUGAUGAUGAUGUCCACGUAAAUAUAGCGACACUAGGAGAAACUCUAGUCAGACACCGAAAGAAACAGCGCCUGUACAUUGGAUGCAUGAAAUCUGGUCCUGUUCUAGCACAAAAGGGAGUGAGAUACCAUGAACCAGAGUAUUGGAAAUUUGGUGAACCUGGAAACAAGUAUUUCCGUCAUGCUACAGGACAGCUAUAUGCCAUUUCAAAGGAUUUGGCUACGUAUAUAUCAAUAAACCAGCAUGUCCUACACAGGUACGCUAACGAGGAUGUCUCUUUGGGAGCUUGGUUUAUUGGACUUGAUGUGCAGCAUAUUGACGAUAGGAGACUGUGUUGUGGCACCCCACCUGAUUGUGAGUGGAAGGCCCAGGCGGGCAACAUCUGUGUUGCUUCAUUUGAUUGGAGUUGCAGCGGGAUUUGUAGGUCAGCUGAGAGAAUCAAGGAAGUCCAUCGACGGUGCGGGGAAGGUGAGAACGCUUUGUGGAGUGCUUCUUUCUAA